CUUGUCCAUUGUACAGCAUCUUGCGAUGAGCGAGGCGAACAAGGCGAAAGCGGACGCUCAGCGCGCCGAGGGCAACCGCCACUUUAUGGAGGAGCGCUUUGACGAGGCCAUUCGCAGAUACAACGAAGCUAUGGCGCUCGACCCGGACAAUGCAAAGCUGUAUACAAACAGAUCGCUGUGCUACAUCAAGCUGAAGCAGUGGGACGAGGCUGCGUCAGACGCGCGCACAGCCAUUCGCUUGGACAAGUCAAGCGUCAAGGCACACUACUACCUUGGCCAAGGGUUGAUUGCGCUUGGAAAUGAUGAAGAAGCCGGCGAUGUGCUCAAGCUGGCCACCGACCUUGCCGUACAGCAAAGGUUGGAUUAUGGCGAUGAAAUAUGGUCCCUUUGCCGCAAAGUCAAGCAACGGGUCUGGGACAAGAAAGAGUCCCAGCGGAUACUCCAAGAGAUUAGCCUCAGCGAGUACCUGAGAAAGCUUGUUUUGAAGGACAAGGAGGAGCAGCUUGCUUCCAAUCCCAGGAAUGCAGCGAAAAUCACCGAGCAGUUUGAAGACAAGCUAUCACAGGUGACGGACUUGUUCAAGCAGAUUGACGAGCGACGAAGGCGACGAAUGGUGCCAGAUUAUUUGGUCGGUAAAAUCUCGUGCGAUCUGCUGGUCGACCCCGUCAUCACUCCCAGCGGAAUCACCUACGAGCGGUAUUGCAUCGAGGAGCAUUUGCGUGCCAACGGCGGGUAUGACCCAGUGACACGCGCCAAGCUGAAAGAAAGCCAACUCGUCCCAAAUCUUGCGCUCAAGGACGCAACUGAGGACUUUUUGCGAUUAAAUCCGUGGGCCUACGAUUGGUGAUGUAGUAUCGAGCCAGCUUUUAGACACGUAGCCUUCUCGUUUGAACAACAAAAAAUGCCAUGAACAGAGAGAAUACGAAAUGAUCAUUCACACAACUACAAUCAACACCACAUCGAC